UUUCAGGGCAACAGCAUGACUGAAACCAAAUCCAGUCAGCGGUUCCACAGCCUGAACGCUGAGCAGGUGGAGGUUCUCCAUCAGGUUUUGUCAGAGGUGGUUCCAAUCCACGGCCGAGGGAACUUUCCCACGUUGGAGCUGCGUCCUCGAGACAUCAUCAUAGCUGUGCGGGCCAGGCUGCAGAAGCAGGGAAUCACCGUAAGAGAUGUUCGUCUGAAUGGCUCCACGGCUAGCCACGUCCUCGUCCGAGACAACGGAACAAGCUACAAGGACCUGGACAUCAUCUUUGGAGUGGAGCUGCCCAGUCAGGAGGAGUUCCAGGUGAUCAAGGAGUCAGUGCUGGGCUGCUUGCUGGACUGCCUGCCUGCUGGGGUCAACAGGGAGCGUAUCAGCAGUGCUACAAUGAAGGAGGCCUACGUCCAGAAAAUGGUCAAGGUCUUUAAUGAGCAUGACCGCUGGAGCCUCAUCUCACUCUCAAACAACAGUGGCAAAAACCUGGAGCUCAAAUUUGUGAGCGUGCUGAGGCGACAGUUUGAGUUCAGCGUCGACUCCUUCCAGAUCAUUCUGGAUCGUCUCUUGGAGUCCUACAUGCAGCAAGAAUCACAGCACAAAAAUAAUACUGUCCUGGCAGAGAGCAUGUAUGGUGACUUUGAGGCAGCCAUGGACCACCUGCGCUACCGCCUGAUCGCUACCAGGAACCCAGAGGAGAUUCGAGGUGGUGGCUUGUUGAAAUACAGCAACCUGUUGGUCAGGGACUACCGACCGGCCAGCGAGACUCAGAUAAAGACCCUGGAGCGCUACAUGUGCUCCCGCUUUUUCAUCGAUUUCCCUGACGUGCAGGAGCAGCAGAGGAAGAUCCUGUCCUACUUGAAGAACCACUUUAUCGGCGAGGAGAGAAGCAAGUACCAGUACCUGAUGACGCUGCGUCGUGUGGUAGACGACAGCACAGUGUGUCUGAUGGGACACGAGAGGCGUCAGACACUGAACAUGAUCACAGUGCUGGCACUGAAGGUUCUAGGAGAGCAAAACAUUAUCCCCAACACAGACCACGUGACCUGCUUCUACCAGCCCGCCCCAUACCUUGCCGAGCACAGUGCCCCCUAUUUAGCAGAACCCAGCUACUGCAGCUACUAUAUACCCCAAGGGGGAUCAACUCUGCUUUACCAGCCGUACCCCUUACACCUCCACACGCAGACUGGACUAGUCUAA